AUGACUUCUAUGGGAAAUGAUGACCAAGUAUAUGCAGCAGAAUACAUCGUUAAAAGUCGAAAAAGAAAAGGGAAAGUUGAAUACUUAGUAAAAUGGCAAGACUGGAGUAGCAAGUUUAAUACAUGGGAACCGGAAUGUAAUAUACUCGACCAACGACUUAUAGAAACCUUUCUGCUAAAAUCGGAAGACCAAACUUUGAGAAAGGGAAAAGCAUUGAAGCAGCAGCAGCAGCAGCAGCAACAACAACAACAACAACAGCAAUCGUCAUCGUCGUCCUUUCAAGCAAGAACACAUAACGAUGAAUCAACAGCCAUUGCCGAGAGCGAAUUUUUCAUCAGCUCUGAAAGCGACGACGACGACGACGAUGAUGACGUCAGUUAUGACGUCACUUUCGACAUCAGGGCAAAAUCGAUAGCGUCAAAUUCACGCAAGCAAAUCUCUAAAGCAAGAAAAAUUUCCAACAAUAACAGUGGUUGCGGUGGACUUGCUAAUAAGAAACGAAAGCUAAUGUCAUCGCGUUAUCCCAACAACAACAACAAUAAUAACGUUAACAACAACAACAAUAUUAAUACGAACAACAACAACAAAAACAACAGUAAUAAUAAUAACAACAAUAAUAACGCCGACAUUAAUAACAAUACUAAUAGCACCGUUGACCGAAAUAAUAACAGUAUUAUAGACGCUUCUGAAAACAACAACAACAACAGCAACAACAACAAUAACAACAACAACAGCAACUACAACAACAAGAUCGUUGAGGACGGUGAUAUGGAGGAGGCUUACAGAAGCAUCAUAAGGUUGAAAAAAGUCGCCCCAUCUGCAAAAAAGUGGAGAACGAAAAUGAAGAGAAAAAUAAACAAAGGAAGAAAAAAUUUCAUCAAUACGGAAGCAAAAACUCGUAAAUCAUUCGAACCGUUUCUACCGACUCGACUUAAACCGACUCAUCACCAUCGUCAUCAUCGUCAGGAGCAACUUUCAGCCACAAACAACAGCAGCAGCGGCACCAGCAGCAAUCCAAUGUUAGAAAGCCAACUCGGCAAAACAUUGCAAUCGAACGGCGGAAAAAUCGCUAAAAGCUCCGACGAUUUCGAUUUACCAACAUAUUUAAACUCGAAAUGCACGAAAUUUCUCCUAGAUAACGUCAGCAUCACUGACGUAACUUACGACAGGUUGGUCGUUACAGUUCGUGAGUGUCCAACUGAUGAUGGCUUCUUCAAAAUGAAGAGGAACUCCUACACGGAUUUGUGAUGUAAUUAGUGAAAAAAUAUCUAUUACGUGUGUAGUGUUUGGUAAUUGUAGAUGAAUCAAAAAUAUAGGUGAAUUGAAUUAUCGAAUGAAUAAAUGAACGAAAGAAAGAAGGAAUGAAUGAAUAAACGAAUGAAUUUGAUGGAUGAACAAAUGAAUGAAGGAAUGAAAUUUACAGUAAUGAAUGAAAGAAUGAAUAGAUGGAUGGAUGAAUGAAUGAUAUUAAAUAUCAUUAUGUCGGCAUUGUUCUCUCCAGUACAAAACUGUAUUAAUUUUUUUCAAACGGGCAUCUUUCCUUUUUCGUGCAUCUUGUUCAAGGCAAUUAUAAAUUAUUUAACAACAAUAUACAUUCAAUAUUCAAUAAAUCGACUUAAAAUACUAUUUAUUUAAUUUUUUACGAUUUGUAGUAACAUUUAUAAAUAAAUGAUUCUUUUUA